CGGAUACGAGAAGCUAACGGUGCAGGAAACAUUAUUAUCUCGCAGCUGCAGAUUACAGCUGUCGAACCGCGUCUCUAUUGAGCGUGGCUUAGCUCAGUAGUUCCUCCGUGUCUCCGAGGCAUGUAAGACUGAAAGACUGUAUCUGAAAAGAAAGCAAACUUCGUUAAAAAAGAAAAGAAAUUUGAAGACAUCAAAAGGCAGCUGCUUUCUAUAUUUGAAGGCCUUGGAAUCAGUUUAAAGGAAAUGAAUUUGCUGUUUGCCGCUCUACUGUGUUGGUGCUGCCUUGGAUGCUGCAGAGGCGAUCAUGGAUGUAUCCUGUCCGAAACAAGCACCAGGAAAGCUACCAUAACAGAGGGAUUCCCGGGCACCAUCUACUUGCUGCCCGAAGGACGCUUCGACAGAGUAUUCCUGAGGUUAUUUAUGGAGAGAAGCGACGUUGGGCUGAAUGUGAAGACGAUAACUAUGAAACGGGAAGAUCUCCCGCAGAGUAAAAAGAUGCAAGAAAUCAUUGUUUCAAUUGAUUCCGAAGGCCACCCGACCAUGUCCCUUCCCGACCUCACCGAGAGGACCUUCGCCUGCUGCCCCAACUACGAGAUCGAGAAGCUGGAAGUGGAGUCGGAGGGCGGCGGCGUCUGGCUCUUCUACAGGUGUCCAGAAGCCGUGAACAAAGAGAGGCUUCACAGGAUUACCGGCCGCGGAUCGGAAGCCGGUGACGCGCCGCCCCUCGUCUGCAGCUCGCAGGGUCGGCCACGCCCCGCCGCGCGCGUGUGGGUGCCGCUGGUGUUGGCGCUCCUUCGUCGUCGCGUCGGCUUCGCGUAACCCUUCCGCGGGUUUUUGCUCAAAGGAACGCUGUCGAAUUCUCUGAGGAAAUAUUCUCGUGAAAAACAGGAGGAUCUCAAACCACCAACAAACACAAAAGAAAAAAAAAAAAAUGAAGCGACAGAACUAAAA